GCCCUGCCCCCGAGCCGGCAGAGGUAGUGAGAAGGCCGCUGCACCUGUCUGGUCUUGCGCCUAGACCGCUGUCAAUCGCGGGACGUCAGGAAUAGAAGACUCCUCGAAGAGAUCUGAAAAUGGCCACAAACAACAGUGUUGGCAUCUUCAGCUCCGCAUCCCUGGCUGUGGAGUAUGUGGACUCGCUGCUGCCUGCGAAUCCUCUGCAGGAGCCCUUUAAGAAUGCCUGGGUCUACAUGUUGGAUAACUAUACAAAGUUCCAGAUUGCAACCUGGGGCUCCCUGAUAGUUCACGAAGUCAUCUAUUUCUUGUUCUCUUUACCUGGAUUUCUCUUCCAGUUUAUACCUUACAUGAGAAAGUACAAGAUUCAAAAGGAUAAACCAGAAACCUUCGAAGGCCAGUGGAAGUGUUUGAAAGGAAUUCUAUUUAAUCAUUUUUUUAUCCAAUUGCCUCUGAUUUGUGGAACAUACUAUUUUACAGAGUUUUUCAGUAUUCCUUAUGAUUGGGAAAGAAUGCCAAGAUGGUAUUUAACUUUGGCAAGGUGUCUGGGCUGUGCAGUCAUUGAGGAUACCUGGCACUACUUCCUGCACAGACUCCUUCACCACAAGAGGAUUUAUAAAUACAUUCAUAAAAUCCAUCACGAGUUUCAGGCUCCAUUUGGAAUGGAAGCAGAGUAUGCACAUCCUUUGGAAACCCUGAUUCUCGGGGCUGGAUUUUUCAUUGGAAUUGUGCUUCUGUGUGAUCACGUCAUUCUUCUGUGGGCAUGGGUGACCAUUCGUUUGCUAGAAACCAUCGAUGUGCACAGUGGUUAUUAUUUUCCUCUCAACCCACUGAACUUCAUCCCUUUUUAUGCGGGUGCUCGGCACCACGAUUUCCACCACAUGAACUUCAUUGGGAAUUACGCCUCCACCUUCACAUGGUGGGACAGAAUCUUUGGGACAGAUGCCCAGUAUCAUGCCUACCUGGAAAAGACGAAGCUUGGGAAAAAGUCUGAGUGAAUACCCAGCUCUAUGCCAUGAUCAACUGUAGCUGGCAACUAACAUUGCUUCUGGGGAGCAGAAAUAAGCCCGUGACUUGGCUGCUAAGUGAUAAGAAGAACAUUAACGACCUUUAACUGUCUUCCAGAACUUUUCUACUUUACAUUCAAGAUCUGUAUAUGUGGAAACAGAUGGACAUAUAUAUUUAAGUACAGUUUUCAUUAGGAGGUUUUAAAGGCCAUAUGGCUACCCUCACCAAAAGGUUUCAGGAACUGGAAGAAGUAUUAAUGUCCAGCUCACCACUUCAUGCCACCCGAGGCUGAAGUUGAUGUUGCCUUCUAAGCCUUUUGCAUACACUGGUCAGUUCAGAAAAUUCUCAACAAUAAUGUUUGCCUUCUAGUUUAAGAUACAGUGUGUUUUAGGAUUUACCUGAAAUGAAAAUAUCACAAAGUAAAUAUAUCAGCUGGUGAGCGAGUGACUGAAACCCCACUCUGGUCUGGGGUUGACCAGUUCAGGACUUUUCUUUCUGUGAAGGAUUGUUUGAUUGUAGUAAUUUUAUUGGCAUCUUGUAAAUUGGCUCAUUUCCUACUUGAUGUACAUAGAAUAUUAUAGCCUAAAGAUUUUCAAGUUACUUGUGGUGUUUUUAAAUUGAGAAGCCCCACUUCUGCUGUCCACCCCCUCGUCUUUGUGUGUCAGGUGAUCAUUGAAGUUGUACCUUGAGCUUUGUGAAUUCACUUCUCUAUUUGCACCUGAAGCUGGUGAAAUAAAUGUGAUUUUUGUCUGA